AUGCAAUCACAACAGACUCAAUCCUCUCAGAAUAAUGACUCAGAAGCAGCUCGACAAGAAUCUGCCUCCUCCUCAUCAUCCUCGAAACCCGAUUUUAAGCUGCGUUUCGUGUUAAGUGGGCACAAAUCUUCGGUGUCUUCCCUCAAGUUUAGUCCAGAUGGUUCACUUCUUGCUUCGGCUGGCGCGGACAAGCUGAUCAAACUCUGGAACGGAACAACUGGAGAAUUCAUUCAGACACUUCAAGGCCAUACGGAGGGCAUCUCAGAUAUCGCGUGGGCGACCGAUGGCGAAUAUCUAGCAUCUGCCUCAGAUGACAAGACGAUCAAGAUAUGGAGUAUGGAGGAGCGCAGUGAAAUCAAGACGCUUGUUGGGCACACCAACUUCGUUUUCUGUGUCAAUUACAACCUCCAUUCAAAUCUUCUUGUAUCUGGCGGAUUCGACGAGACUGUCCGUAUUUGGGACAUUGCAAGAGGGAAACCUUUGAAAGUUCUACCUGCUCACUCAGAUCCUGUAACUGCUGUCAGCUUCAAUCACGAUGGCACCCUUGUUGUUUCAUGUGCUAUGGAUGGGUUAAUUCGUAUCUGGGACGCCGAGUCUGGACAGUGUCUAAAGACCCUUGUGGACGAUGACAAUCCCAUAUGCUCGCAUGUCAAGUUUACUCCAAACUCUAGAUUCGUUUUGGCAUCUACCCAGGACUCCACCAUUCGCCUAUGGAACUACCAGACUUCACGAUGCGUAAAGACAUACACAGGCCAUAUGAAUAGGACGUACUGCAUCCCGGCAUGUUUCGUAACAACGCCGAAGGGGAAGUUCAUUGUGAGCGGAAGUGAAGACCAUAAGCUGUAUAUCUGGGAUUUGCAAACUCGUCAAGUCCUCCAAGUCCUUGAAGGCCAUCGCGAUACUGUCCUGGCUGUUGCAGUCCAUCCAUUCCGAAAUUUGAUAGCAUCCGCUGGGAUGGAGAAAGAUUUGACAGUCAGACUUUGGUUUGAUGAGUAG